GGGGGUGGGGAUCAGGCAGAAACACUACACCCACCACUUCAGUGUGUGGAGAUACAACAGCAACAAUGUGGUCGCUCUGGCCACUACUGAGUUUCCAUGGCAGCAGGGAUUUGAAUUCAUGACAAUAUUUUGGGAGUUCCCCAAUCAUCAGUAGUCAUCAUGUUGGUUCUUCUAGCCGGAAUCUUCCUCCUUCACCUCACCAGCAUCAUCCUCCUCCUAGUGGCAACUAUAGACAAUGCCUGGUGGAUGACAAAAACCGUGUCCACUGAUGUGUGGGCCAGGUGGAUACUGAUCAAUGGAACCUGGAGCUCCAACGAUCUCCCCAGCCAGUACCCUCAUGAAUACCUCCAGGCAGUGCAGGCUAGCUCCAUCCUGGCCUGCAUAUUCUCUUCCCUUGGCCUGUUUGUGUUUGUGGGACAGCUCUUCACUCUAUCAAAGGGACAGAGAUUCACCUUCUCUGGCAUCUUCCAGCUCCUAGCCUGCCUGUGCAUCAUGAUCGCUGCCUCCAUCUACACAGACAUCUUUCACAAGAAUGAAUCGGAUGGUUGGUAUGGCCACUCCUUCAUUCUGGCCUGGAUCUCCUUUGCGUUCACCUUCAUCUCCAGUAUAAUCUACUUUGUCCUGCGAAAGAAGACCGCAAACUAGAAGCAGAAGACUAGCCCAAGGGACAGGCUCAAUAUCUUACGAUCUGAUCGUUUUUUGUACAAUUAGGUAUGGAUAUGAAUGUGGGAUACAAAAGGGGAGAGUUGUUAUCCACAGAUUUUCAUCCAUGUAUCUUUGGUUCCCACUGAAGUGUGUCUAAACAUAUGGAUUUACAUCGUUUUAACCUACCUGUCCUGCCCACAUAGUAAUAACCUACCUGUCCUGCCCACAUAGUAAUAACCUACCUGUCCUGCCCACAUAGUUAUAACCUACCUGUCCUGCCCACAUAGUAAUAACCUACCUGUCCUGCCCACAUAGUUAUAACCUACCUGUCCUGCCCACAUAGUUAUAACCUACCUGUCCUGCCCACAUAGUUAUAACCUACCUGUCCUGCCCACAUAGUUAUAACCUACCUGUCCUGCCCACAUAGUUAUAACCUACCUGUCCUGCCCACAUAGUAAUAACCUACCUGUCCUGCCCACAUAGUAAUAACCUACCUGUCCUGCCCACAUAGUAAUAACCUACCUGUCCCCCACAUAGUAAUAACCUACCUGUCCUGCCCACAUAGUAAUAACCUACCUGUCCUGCCCACAUAGUAAUAACCUACCUGUCCUGCCCACAUAGUAAUAAC